AUAAUUAAUAUUGAAAAUAUGCUGAAGAGAUUUGAUAGUAAAAAUCCCAUGGUUGCACUUAAUAAGGAUAUAGAAGAGAUUGAGAAUAAUAGAGUAAAAGGUAAAAAAGUAAAAGUAAAAAACAAUAUUGAUGAAGAGAUAAUGAAUCAAGUAGGAAAUGAUUAUGCAAAUGAUAAAGAGAAAACAAAGAUUGGUAAAACUAUUAAGAAUAAUGAGAAAAGCUUAAAGAAAAAGAAAGAACAUAAAAAAGAUAAACACUUACUUGAAAUCUGA